AUGUACUGGGGUCGCAAGCGGCGCAUCCCGCACACGGAGGGACUUUUUGCGUCGUUCGUCUUUAUCCCGGUGAAGGGCAGCAAACUAAAGAAGCAAACUCAAAUGUGUGUCGACUGUCUCGAUUCUGUAGUUUGCCGCGUUCUAAAGCAGCAACAGCAUGCCCGCCAUCAACAACAGCAGCUCGAAGAGCAGCAGCUGUUGCGCGUGCAGCCUUGGUAUCUGCGCCUAGGGACUGCGGCAUCAGCGGGGGGAAACAAGAAGCAGUGUACACAUGCUGAUACUAGUGAUCCUCAGGAGUAUGCGCAUUUAAGCUUAUCCCGACUUCUGCUGCUGCAAGACCACCUGCUGGAGGCCUUUGUUGCAGCCCUCCGUAAAGCCCUUAGAAAUAUUCAAAGCUUUUCGCUAGUCCUAAGUGCGUCUUCGCUUUGCUUCCUGACCAACGAGGAUAACUCGAGGCUUUUCGCGUCCCUCCCCGCGCAAACACCGAGCACCAAACGACAGCAGCUCGAGGAGCUGUUCGCUGCAGUAGACUCGGUCGUUUCGGCGUUUGGAUUUUUACCGUUUUGGAGGCCUUUGAAGCCUCAUGUCUCCCUCGCUGCCACCUCAUUGGUGGUGACCCCGACCAUUGAGUUUCUCAAGCAGUUUGCGGAUCAAGAAACUGACUCCAAAUGCAGCAACGGGAGCACAAGUAGCUCCAAGGGGGGGUGGUUCCUGCUGGCUGAAGGGCAGGGGCUAGAAACGCUUUCUCUCGGUUCCUUUUUGAUGUGUUCCUCAAUUAAGGCUUGGAGCCAAAAUUCGGCAUUCCUGCACAUCCCCUAA